AUGGUGAAUGUUUUUAAAAGGGGUCUGCAGUGGUUUGAUGCACUGACCAAGUACGGGCUGCCCGGGCUGGCGCAGCUGCGGAGCCGCGAGUCCUACGUGCUGUGCUACGACCCGCGGAACCGCAGCGCGCUCUGGGUCAUCGAGCAGCUCAACCGGGAGACGCUGAGCGGCACCUCCGACCGCGCCGGCUGCGAUUUCCAAGAGGACGACUCGGUGCACGAAUACCACCGCGCCACCAACGCCGACUACCGCGGCAGCGGCUUCGACCGCGGGCACCUGGCCGCCGCCGCCAACCACAAAUGGAGUCAGAAAGCCAUGAGGGACACCUUCUACCUCAGCAACAUCGCCCCGCAGGAUCCUCAUUUAAACCAGAACGCCUGGAAUAACCUUGAGAAGUACAGCAGAAGCUUGGCGAGGAACAACAAGAACGUCUACGUCUGCACAGGACCCCUUUUCCUGCCCAGGAUGGAGGCUGAUGGGAAGAUGUACGUCAAGUACCAGGUGAUUGGGAAGAACAACGUGGCCGUCCCCACCCAUUUCUUCAAAGUGCUCAUCUUGGAAAAGGAGAGCGGGGAGAUUGAGUUGCGCUCGUACGUGAUGCCCAACAGCCCUGUGGAUGAGAAAAUCCCCCUGGAACGGUUCCUGGUUCCCAUUGAGAGCAUUGAGCGAGCCUCGGGGCUCCUCUUUGUCCCAAACAUCUUGAAGCGAACAAGUAACUUGAAAGCCAUCACAGCUGGAAACAAGCGUUGA